GACAGGAGUAGGAGCAGGGGCAAGGGCAGGAGUAGGAGCAGGGGCAGGGGUAGGGACAGGAGUAGGAGCAGGGGCAGGGGUAAGAGCAGGGGCAGGGGUAGGAGCAGGGGCAGGGGUAAGAGCAGGGACAGGAGUAGGAGGAGUAGGAGCAGGGGCAAGGGCAGGAGUAGGAGCAGGGACAGGAGU